CCCCAUUCUGUUCUUUUGCCCAUUUCCUUUCACCCGCCAAACAUCCCCAAAGCCCUCUCUUUCCUCCCCAAUUCCACCCUCUCAGCUCCUAAUUACCUUUUAGCUCAUCACAAUUCAUCGCUCUCAAGCCCUCCAUUCAUUCACGUAUACCCAAUUCCCAAUUCCCAAUUCCCUCUACAAUCCCUUUUCCUAGGGUUUCCAUUUUUCCAAUCAAAUGCAAUGAUCGAGAACCACGACUCCUACUCAAAAUCGAUAAACGAGACGGUAAAUGGGUCCCACCAUUUCACAAUCCGAGGUUACUCUCUGGCCAAAGGAAUGGGGCCCGGAAAGUACAUAUCGAGCGAUGUAUUCACCGUCGGUGGUUACGAUUGGGCGAUUUAUUUCUACCCCGACGGUAAGAAUAUUGAGGACUCUUCGAUGUACGUUUCGGUGUUCAUUGCUUUAGCGAGUGAAGGGACGGACGUGAGGGCUUUGUUUGAGCUGACUCUGUUGGAUCAGAGUGGGAAAGGGAAGCAUAAAGUUCAUAGUCAUUUUGAUCGGGCUUUGGAGAGUGGGCCUUAUACUCUCAAAUACAGAGGAAGCAUGUGGGGUUACAAGCGGUUUUUCAGAAGGGCAACUUUAGAAACUUCUGAUUAUCUAAAGGAUGAUUGUCUUGCAAUGCAUUGCACAGUGGGAGUUGUCAGAAAUCGGGUUGAGCGACCCAAACAAUAUAGUAUUCAGAUGCCACCAUCAGACAUGGGCCAGAAUCUUAAGUACUUGCUGGAAUCUGAAGUUGGUAGUGAUAUAGUUUUCAAGGUUGGCGAUGAGAUGUUUAAAGCUCACAAGUUGAUACUGGCUGCUCGCUCUCCUGUAUUUCGAGCCCAAUUUUUUGGGCUCAUUGGAAAUCCGAAUAUGGAUAACGUUGUUUUGGAGGAUAUUGAGCCCUCUAUCUUCAAGGCUAUGCUCAUAUUUAUUUACGCUGAUAAGCUUCCUGAUUUACAUGAAAUCACGGGCUCAACAUAUAUGUGUACAUCUACAAUCAUAAUGCAACAUCUGUUGGCUGCUGCCGAUCGCUUUGGUUUAGAUCGGUUGAAGCAAUUAUGUGAAGCUAAGCUGUGUGAAGAAGUAAGUGCUGAUACAGUGGGAACGACUCUUUCAUUGGCUGAGCAACAUCGGUGUCAGCAGCUGAAGGCCAUUUGUUUGAAAUUUGCAGCGGCAAACUUGGGAGGUGCGUGUUGUCCGUAGAAUCUGACCGGUGCAAUGUUUCAGGUUAUGUCAAUUUUGGUGUUUUGCCUGUUUAAGCUGCAGAAAUACUCUUGAAGCGUCCAUGUACAUAUCUGGAAAAGUGCAAUGUAUCUUUUUCUAUAGAUGUCAGGAUAUGAAAUUUGUGCCUUUUAUUGAUGAUAUCGUAAAGCUGUAGUUUUGGGUUUACUUACGCAGGUUGUGUCAAGAAUUUUUUUCCGGGUG